CAGCACUUCCUUUUUGCACCAUUACUAGCAUCUUAGGGUUAACUUCUUUUUUAUGAUAAUCAAUUUUUAAACUCAUAAGCUACUCACAGAAACUUCUCAAUAGUUAGUGGUGGAUCUUUGAAGGGAUAGGGGGUAGCCAUGCCCCCCCAAACUUUUUCUGAGUUACACAUACAUACAUGGUGCUUUAUAUGGUUGAAAUCUGAAAAAGGUUUUGCACUAUGGAGGGCUCUUAGGGUCCAAUUCCAAAGUUUUGUUAGCAGAACAAACAAAUUCCCAGUGUUGUUUUGUGUCGUCAUCAAAAUUUAGGGUUCUUAUGUUCUAGUUCAGGUUCUUCUUCUCGAUCUGUUUUUGUUGGGUUUUCUGUUAUUUUGUUAUUCAUAAUUUCACAGAAAAAAUAAAAGCCAAUUUGCAGAGCAAGAGCGUCUACAAAAUAAUGGCGCACCUUGCCUUGAAGGUUGGCGAAAAUAAUCACUAUUGCGGUUCUCCGUGCCUAUCAAGUUGAUUCACAUCGUUUUGAUAAUGGCCUCGAACAAGUCGCUACAUAUAUAACACAAUUUUACUUUAAUUCAUUAAAGGACAAGGUGGAAUACUGUUUGUGUGUUCAAUGUUUCUUGUUGGAUUUUUUCCUAGAAUUUCCUUCUAUUUUUUUUGGGUUCUAAUCAAUCUUUUUGAAUUAUGUGUACUAUUUUUUUAAUGUGAAGUAUAUUAAUGAAGUUUAUUAUUGGUAUAAAAAGAUUAGCAAGUAGUGUUGUUAAAUCUAUGCAAAGUCAAAUGUAGAAAAUAAUGAUACUAACUGAGUUGUAGUGAAUGAGGGUGACUAUUUCUUCAUCUAGAUCUGUCAACUAGUUGAUUUUUGUUUCCUUGUCCUUCUCAAAACAGGAUCAAAAUGGGUUUGUUUUCUAAAGGUAUCAGUCUGAAAAUCACACCCAACAUCAAAAUAGCCAAAGAUAUUGUGCAUCUUCUUCUUUGUCUUAUUCAGAUUGUUCCCCCUAGUCCUUUAUCUGUCUCUAUGAGUUACUUCGAUUCAUUCCUCUAACUUAUAGCUACCCGCCACUCAUCUCAUUGCUUUAAGUGAAUUUCCCAUUUGAAGUAGAAAAUAACGUGAAUUUCUUCAAAUUGUUUUUCAGAAAGUUGAUUGUUUCGUUUGGAAUUAAUCCAAGUUUUUGAUAGAGUACUUAGUAUUAGUAUUUAUUCUAUGUAUUAUGGUGUUUAAUACCUUGGUGUUUAUUUGGUAAUUUAAUUAUUUAAGUAUUAUGAUCAUGUCAAUGAGUAUUGAUCUCAUUAUCUUUUCUUGUUUAGACUUUUUUCCACCUCAACUCAGCCCAGAGUACUUUUCUUCUAAUAUUCCAUCUUUGGCCUUUCUAUCUCCCUCUUGUUCUACCGUCCAGUGCUUCUCUGAAAUUUCAACGCAAUGGUUUGCUAGUUAGCUUCUCAUCUGUUGUGUUGAUUGCUCUGUUACACUAGUUAAACUGCAUGGAAGCAAUAUAUAACUAUAUAGGAACUAUUAUUACAAGAUAUCAUUUUUCUAGGCUGUAUUUUAAAAGAAAUACAGAGAUGAUUGAGAUAUAUAUGCUUCUUUGUAUAAUGAACUAGAUGUCCAUAUAUAAUAAAUUAAGUUGUAAGGUGAUCUUAUAAGAGAUAGAUAUACUUUAGUCUCAUCCUAAAUGCAAGAAUGUAAGUAAUGUAAGUAAUAGAUAUACUUUAGUCUCAUACUAAAUUGAGAAUGGAAAUUACAAUUUACAAGGCACCCAAAUGUUGUUGUAACCGAAAAUCAAACGCAGACAUCUCUCCAGGAGAGGCCUCCAUAAUGGUGAAUGAGUCCUAAGCAACAUAAGUCAAAUUGGCUAGUUUGCACGAGUAGAUAUGUAAACCUACAUAUCUAAUAAAACUUCAUUUAAUAUAUGAAACACUAGAUCAUGUUUUUAUCGCUUUCAUCUUCAUAUUUUCUCUAUUUUCUCAACAACUUAAAAGUAGAUGUGAGAGAAAAGUAGAUGUGAGAGGAAGUGAGCUAUAAUUUAUAUUUGAUGACACAAAGACCUCUCUUGGUGAAAGUCGUUGAGAUUAUGUGCUAGUUACUUGGAUUCUUGUAAUUAUUCUAAAUCAACAUUCUUGUUGCUGUUUUAAAUAAUCAUUUGCUUUUCUAAUGAGUGUGGCGUGGAAGCUUAAACUUGAUACUUCAUCUUCAAUAAGCUUUUAGAGCAUCAAAUAAUUGCAACCACUUUGACAAUUAAAAACAAUUGCACCCACUUUAAUAAAACCCAUUAUUUUACAAAUUUCUGAUUCUCCUUGUAUCCCCUUAAGUGAAACAAUUUCAUCGAUGCAGAAUCAUUAUUAGGUAAUCAAUCACUAACACUGACCAAAAGCACCAAACCAAUAUGCCAGCUCUUUCCUUUUCAAUGCUACUAGAAUGCACUUAUGCAAUGUUCAACUGAAAAGAUGGAAACCGGCUUAAGCCUUUAUGAAAUUUGUUGAGUGUCUUGUGAACACUUUAUUUAUUUAAAAAAGUUUUGUGAAAAUCUUAUUUGCUCCAACAAGUUUGUUAUUUUCAGUAACCUUUUUUUGUUUUUUAUGGAACUGGUGCAUAAAAUAGUUCUCAAAAUGCCAAUAUAGAUGUCUUUUAUUUUAUUUUGUAUUGUUACAGUGAGAUAUUUUUCAACUUAGUAUUAUUGAUGUUAUUUUAUUAUAAUAUAAGCUCCUUGCUUCAAAUUAGACAUUUUGAUCUUUUAUUUUUGUUUCCCGAGAUAUCACACAGUAGCCAUGAGAUUAACUCCCUCAAGGUUCGGAGAACACAUUGAGGUAAGUAGACAUUUCUUAACAAAAAGUCAUUUUAUUUAUUUUAUUAUUACACUUGUUUUUCAAAAAAAAAAUUAUUUAUUUAUUUUAUUUCUCUCCAAUAUAUCAAAUCGAAAAAAGUGUCAUAAAUUUUUUUUUAACGAAGUGUCAUAAUUUCAAUAGAAAAGUAAAAUAGCCGUUGACCUGCUAUAGCUGAAACUGAAAAAGAAUGAUCCCUUUUUAUCUAUUGCCAGUAGAGUGUGCAUUGUUUUUCUUUCCACUAAAAUAAGAGAAUGUGACUCUUUUUAUUUGGUAGCCGACACACCACUACCUUGUACUUAGCACCACCAUUACCUUGCACAUGCAUCAUCUGGCAUUCACUCCUAUCUAGAUCAUAAUUUUUAUUUUAUCAGAAGAUAGUAUCUAUCAUUUACAGUUGUGACCAAUCUCAUCGUGAAUGAUUGUAUUAAGCGGUAAAUAAUUAAUUAUGAAAUGAAUCUCUAAUCUCAUAAUUAAAGGACGGACCGACGGAGUGAACGAUCAUCUUUGAAAAUAAUAUCCACCUUAUUUGUAAUUUAAGGAAAAAUAAAUAACAACAACAUUGUAAAGAUAAUAUAAUUAUAGCCCUGCCCAGAUUCUCUUCAUGUACCUCACAGAGUUUGUACUUUUACCCUUUUUGAUGUAGUUAUGCCUCAGCAGAGUUUCGUACAUUUAUAAUAAAUAUCUCUCUUCUCUCAAUCUGUUUCUGGAAUGCAGCCGAAAUAGGAUGGGUAAGGUUCAGGUUUCAGGCUCCUCAUUGUUGGAAAUGCAUGUGUGUUUAGAUGUGUUUGUCAGACACUGACAGCUCCUUGCUUAUCAAUCAUGCAAUAAGCUUGUGCCAAUUAUAGCCCCCUUAUACCUUUAUUCUUAACAUUUAAUAUUUGGGUCAACUAACUUUUUCUCAAAAUCAAUUCUAAUACUUAAAAGUUACUGCUAAGAUGCCUUAGCUGUAAAUGGUGAAUGAGUGCAUCACUGAAAAUGGACAAGUUUACUAUUAAAUUUGUGUGCUCAAGGAGUAGAGAUGGUAGUUUAAUCAUUUGCUUCAUUCAAUCUCAGUCACCAGAUAUUUGAGUGUUACAUAAUGGUGAAAAUGUCAUCUUGCAUACAUACACUACCUACCUAAAGGGGCACCACUCACAUAAUAGCUUCUUCCUAAAAUUGAUUUUAAGAAUUUCUAAACAUGCUAUUAAAACACUCAUUAAAAUUGAAAUCUCAUGUCCAAAGAGAAGCCAGUAAAGUUAGCAUCUACAUAAAAAUUGUAAUUUAUUACCCAUAUUAUAGUAUGUUUUGAUCAAUUUCUCUUCUUCAUAAUCAAUUAUGAGUUAUGACAAAGAGAAGCUAGUCACAAUAUUUUCACCUUAGAAUUAAUUCUUAUUGAAGAAUGAAUAGUAGAAGAAAUUAGCAUCCACUUUAAUCUUACUUUUUGUUGUUGACAUAUAAAACUAUAUAAUCAUCAUUGUUAAGUCUAGGAGAUUCCAAAACUAAAACCCAUUUCCUAGGGAGAAAUAAUUUUUCCUUUUCUAGAUUUAGCAUAAUUGUCACUGGCUCUAUGAUUGUUACAUUCUAGCUUGCAUUUGGUGGAUUCUCUUUCUCAUGUCCUAGCUGUACCACCACCCAAUGAUACAAACCAGAAGAUAAAUAUUAAAACCUCUUUUUCAUGCUCUGGUUAUGAAAUUCUUUCUGAUAUUAAAAAUAACCUGUCCUUUUCAAAUUCUGCAUUAUUCCUCACUGCACAAUUUUCUCUCCAUUUGGAUAGUCCAUGAUAGAGACCUUAUUCAAGAAGUUCAAACUCUUACUUCUUCAGUUUAGAUUUGGCAUUUCAUCAGUUUCUAGUUUCUGGGAAAACUUCUUCAUUUUUCAUUGUUCAUCUGGGAGAGUGAUGCAUAAUGAGCGCAUGUUUGGAUACACGGUAGAUUUUUCACAUUGGAAGGAGAAUUAAUUCUGGGAGAAGCUACUAGUAAUAGCUUUUGUGUAGCAGAAUUGAUUCUCGAAGAUCUUAAUGUGAAUCCAAACAUAAUCUGAAGCUGCCAAAACAACAAAAAAUGGCAAAUCUUGUACCUGGGGUUCUUCUCAAGCUUAUGCAGCACAUGAACACUGAUGUGAAAGUUGCCGGUGAGCACAGGUCAUCACUGUUGCAAGUGGUGAGCAUUGUUCCAGCACUUGCAGGUGGAGAACUGUUCUCAAAUCAAGGCUUUUAUCUCAAGGUUUCUGAUUCCUCACACGCCACCUAUGUCUCUCUCCCUGAUGAACAGGAUGAUCUCAUCCUGAGUGACAAGAUUCAGCUAGGCCAGUUUGUGUUUGUUGAUCGGUUGGAGGCGGCUUCGCCGGUUCCGAUUCUUCAUGGGGUUAGGCCUGUUCCUGGGAGACACGCUUGUGUUGGAACCCCUGAAGAUAUUGUUGCAACUCGCUCAUUGGGAUUCCUUAGUAAUAAUACUAAUUCCCAAGUUAACAAGAACAGUGUUUUUUCUGGUAACAAGGACUUAGAGAGGUCAAAGUCUCCAAGGGUAGUGUUGGGGAAUCAUAAGGAGAAGAAGGAGAAAGUGAGAUUGAAUGGUGGUGGCGGUGCUCAUGAAGAACCAUUUGAAAAGAAAUCUGUUGUUUUUGCUAAAUGUAAAUCUCAGACAAAAAUAGCUGCACUUGAUGACAAUAUUGAUGUGAAGAAGGAACAACCUUUGACAAGAUUAAGGUCCUUGAGUUCAAGGUCUAGUGUUCCUUCUUCGCCAACUAGUUGCUAUUCGUUGUCUACUUCUUUUGAGAAAUUUGGCAAUGGGGUCAAGCAGCAGGGAAAUGUUAAGGGAUUGGAGAAGCUAACUGCUAAGGUGGGAGUGGUGGAGAUAGGAAAGGGUGUCCGUGCGGCGAGUCCUAUUGGGAAGAGAAUUGCAAUGGGAAACUCAAUCAGAAAUUUGGUUCAGGGCUUUGAUUUUGGGGCUAAGGCUCUGCGUAGAAGCUGGGAAGGGAACAUGGAAGUUAAGAGUAAAGAGACAUCCAAAUCAAGUGCUGCAAAGUUUGAUCCUAGGCCUGAAGUUCGUAGUACGACUCCCAGGAAAAGUACUUCAAGUGAAAAGUUGUCCUCUAAAGAAGCACUGAUGAAGUCCUCUAAGGAAGAGCACAAGACCCAAAUAUCUACAAAGAAAGUUGUUGCUGAUGGAAAUGUGGAAGAGCAAAAUAAGUCAAGUAAGCCAAGAAAAUCUAUUGGAAAGAAAUCAUCAGAAGUUUCUAACUCUGGAUUCCCUGGAGACUUGGUCAAGUUUUCUCCAAAAAGUAAAAAAGUGACUGAUGCAAGUGUUCAGUGGGCUUCACUUCCUUCAUCUAUUGCAAAGCUUGGGAGGGAAGUAAUGAAGCACAGAGAUGCAGCGCAAAUGGCAGCGACUGAGGCUAUGCAAGAGGCUGCCGCUGCUGAGAGUUUGCUGCAGUGUCUAAGUGUAUAUGCAGAGCUAGGUAAUUCUGCUAAGGACAAUCACCCACAGCCUGCAACAAUAGAGCAGUUUUUAACUCUUCAUGCUAGCCUGAAUGGUGCGCGGACGAUUGCUGACUUGCUAUCGAAAACCAUUCCAGAUGGUUCAUCUCCAGAUGUUGAAAGAAGCACCACAGAAGAAGCAGAAAAAAUCAAAUCAGAGAGACAAAAGCUUGCAGCUUCUUGGGUCCAGGCUGCUUUAGCCACCAAUCUAUCAUCCUUUUCUGUUUUUAGCCGCGAACCUCUAUCAUCCAAGCUUCCAGUUUCAAGUAAUUCUCAGAAUCAAAAAAAUGUCCUGGGAAGUAAACCAAUUUUAGUCCUGGAAAAUUCAAGUGAAGAUGCUUCAUCAAAAUCUCAUGGAAAAACCCGUCAUGCGGCUCAUUCUAAACAUGGAACUCCUCGCAAAACGAGUGAUGGAUUAGCAAAUGGGAACAAGCAGUUACUAGUCCAACCACCCCCACAAUGGGUUAGAGGGAAUGGCCUUGAUGAAGUGGUUAAUUUGGCUGACAUGCUGCAAUUGCGAUCGCGAGACUGGUUUUUGUUAUUUGUUGAGAAAUUCCUGGACACUGAUGGGGAUAAUACUGGUUUGUCAAACAAUGGCCAAAUAGCAGGCAUGCUCAGUCAACUAAAAAGUGUAAAUGAUUGGUUGGAUGAGAUAGGUUCAAGCAAGAAUGAGGGAGAAUCGUGUCAGAUACCGGCAGAGACGAUUGACCAGCUCAGAAAGAAGAUAUAUGAGUAUCUUCUUACUCAUGUUGAAUCUGCUGCUGCUGCACUCAGUGGUGGAUCACAGUCAUUACCUCAGAUUCAAACAACUGAGAUUAAAGGCAAAAGGUGAAUGAGUUCAUAGCUUAAUUUACUUAAGAAUGCGUUAUUUAUGAUGGCGUGUGAGGAAACUUGGCCACUGAGCCAAGUGCAUGUUUGGAAAUCUUUCUAUAAUUGAUUCUAAAGUCAGAAUCUAUUCUGGGAAGAUGUCGGAAUUGAUUCGAAAGAAAGGGAAGCUAAUUCAGAUAUAAUUAUUUGUACAUAUAUCCUACAUGAGUUUGACGGAUAGAUGGAUGGAGUGCUCAUUAUUUAUUUCUCUGUGGAGGUAGCAACUAGCAAAUGUUGAUUUGUGGUUGUCUUCUGUUUUGCUUUUACUAAGUUAUUUUUCAGAUGAACAUAUACAAAUUGAAAUAAUGGAAGAUAGAAGCUGAAAUGUUCUUUGCUA